ACAGGAAUUCCCUCGGGGCUGAAAAUAUGCGAUGCAAUCUAAAUCCACGAUCACCGCCAGCCACGAGAACGAGGAAAAUGAAUCGAUGGAAGAGUCUGUUUUCGAGCAGAUAUGCGACACAAUAUUCGUUCUGAUACCAGAAGUGCCGCGACUGAAGCAGCUGUUCCUAAGUUGGAGCCAGCUAGGUAUCGAAGACAGAGUACAAUUAGACGCGAAAGUGGCCAACUGGUGCUGUCCUAACAGGCGACAGCUAUACAAACCUUUGCAAGAGGCGUUGGUUCGCUGGGAAACUGUGCAGGACACUCAAGGCGCUCCCGGUUGCGAGCCAGGUAUGGUCUCGUUUUCCUGUGAUCCUCAACUGGAGGAGGAGUUGGUCAGCGUUAUUUACAGCCUGGAACUUUUGUUCAGCAAAAAUCGACGAGGCAGAGAGAUCGAUAUGGACUACGAAAUUGGUCGAUGCACAGAAUUAAGAAGAGAGAUGUCCUUGAAUCUAAACUGCGAUGGAAAUCUAUGCUCGAUUCUCAGUGCAAAAGACAGGGCACCUCACUCUGUGCAUAGUUGCAGCUACAUAGCCGAUUUUAAACGACCUGACGAAGAACUGAGCGGUUAUCUGACCAAUUAAGCAUCGAUCGUUAUAUUUCAGCUCAUUUUCAUCUCUGACGUUCUGUCUGGAUAUAUCGAAAAUUCUCUAAAUGCAGAAACACUGAUCCUUUCUUUUGCGAACAACUUCGUGUUUGGUUAUUCUGGAUGAGUUUCUUUAAUAGAAGAGACGAAGUAGUAUAAAGUAUAGCGUAAGUGCCAACAAAUAUAAAAAUGUGUAGUUAACUAGAGUAGUUUGAAAAAGAGGUUAGGUUUCUUUGCGAUAAAGAAUUAUUUUUCAAGGCGUAGCCAAUGAAAUUUUACGAUGAAAUUAUAAAUACACUGGAAGAAACUAGUUAAUAAGAAAUCAUUCGAACGACAACAAUUUUAUCGAAAAUACCAGAGAUAAUAUUUUAUCAGACGAGUACUAUAGUUCUGUUGAUUAAAAAUACAAUAUAUAAAAUAAACUGCUAAUUUAUCUAGCUUACUCUAAUAAAAGCGAUAAAUACUUAUCAAGGUAAAGAUUAAUUAAAAAUAACUAAUGAAUCUGCUAUUUAAGAUUAAACAAAAGUAUCUAAAAAAUUGAAAGAAAAAGAAAAAUUAUUUUAGAAAAUUAUCAAAAUAAGUCGACAAUUAAUUAGCGACAUAAAAUGUUUUAUUAACCAUCGUUAUACGGUCAAGGUGUACGAGCAUACAUUUAAUUCAAUACGAUAAUGAAAGAUGUCAUAAAAUCGUAUGUUAAUUCUCGCCACAAAAAUCACCUUGCCUAUCAUCAACACCAUUCUUCUCGUAUCAAUCCUUUUUUUCGUUAUCAUUUUUUCUUUUUGUCAUUUUCUGUUUUCUUUUCUAAUACAUUUAUUACACAGCAGUAAUGAGUUUAUUCAGGACGAACACUGUUUCUUACGAGAGAAAGGUAAACGUUAUGUAAUACGUGUACACAUGAAUUAACCGCGAGAGCAAGGAACAUCCUUCAUAAUCUCUCACUUCGUUAUCUUUCGGACUAUAAUUUUGUGCAGCUUGGCAAACCAACGGGAACGCAGCCCUUAAUCGUUCACGACACUCAUCAUCUUUAAUUAUUAUUUACAGAAUCGUCAUUUAAAAUCAGACUGAUUUCGAGUUGGAUCCAAUGCGGUCCUCGACUUCGGUUCCUUCGUUAAUACGCCAAAAAUUUGCUUCAAUGAAGAAUGUCUAGGAGAACCUAACUUAUUCCAGAUCACAUCAGCCUGUUAAGUACUGCAAUAGUUCGCUAGAUGGCGGCUACAACGCUUUAGAAGAAUCUCAAGUGGGAUCUGGAAUAAUUAAAGUCCCUUUUUUGUAUUUUUUUCCUUUUUCCAUUUUUACUUUUUUGUUUUUUUUUUU